CUAAUAUGAAUUCUCCUUGACGGCGUCUUCUCUAAGGUUCUUCGUUCCAUCCUCCAGCGUUUUCGACACCCAUCUCUACUCGAGCUUCACAUCUUCCACUUCAACCAGGAUCACUAUGACUUAGGAACUUCAGUGGCCACCGACCACAGCAUCCCAUUGCCACUUGGCUCACAUUGUUGCUCCGACGGUGCAUUUCGUCGUUUUCGAACUCGGCCAGUCUCACACUCAGUUCGGUGGCCAUCAUGUUGAAAUAAACCAUCGAUGCUAUAGUUUCGUCGAACUAUUAGCUGCCGACGUAGCCAUGCAACCGGCACCCGUUGGCCGUCGCAAGGACGGCGCUUCUGCUGCAGUUCCCAAUUUGAAGAAUCGCCAGUCCUUUCACUCACAAGAAAGCGUACCUCUCGGAGAGCUCAGCAAUGUAAGCAAGUCAAACUCACGGUCCAAAUCCACCACUCGUGACACAGACCAGAGUGAAGAGCGGGAGAAUCUCGUUUCGCCCCAACAGCCGAGUGAAAAACCCCGCAUGACCAUCAAGGAACUACGGCAGGCUGCCCAAGAAGCUGCUCAAAGGAAGUCUACUCAGGUUGAGCACGGGGGCAACUCAAUUAACAAUGCACCUCUGGCCAAAAAGAAACCCUCUUUGUUUGGGGGCCUUUUUCAGGUCAGAGAACCCACACAGGUGGCCUUGAACCAAGUCGCCGCUCAAAUGAUUGCGCAACAUGGUUCUACCAAUCCGGCCAAAGUCCCCCAUGUGAGGAUGGAAAAGAUGCCCGAUUAUGUGCCCAAAGUCAACAGCAAAUGGGAUGGCCUACCUGAAAGCAUCAAGCAGAGAGACAAAAGGGACAAGGAUGGUUCCAAAAUGAAGAAGAUGGAUUCUUCAUUGUUCACAGGACUAGGAGGUGCCAGAGCUACUUACGACAGGCGGAACUCCAGCUCAUCUGGCUCCUUUGGAAGUCGUGGAAGAUCUACACUUUCGAAUAGAGAGGCACCCAACACUCAAUUCUACGCCCCUUCCAUCAAUUCCUCCGGGGACCUUGCCAUGCAAAUGCCUGGCCAAGCCCGCAAACGUGCCGGCUCCAUGAAAUCUCAGAGCUCCUCCUCCAAGAGUAAUCCCGAGAGCUCUGCUGGGCAGGCAACCGACGCAUCUAUCGAGGAGAUGCCCGAAAUACCAGCGUAUCUGCGCGAGUUCAUUGGAUCUCAUUCAAAUCAAAACACUAGCAGCCAAGACUGCCCUCCUAAUAAGGCAGUCUCUGGGCCUUCAUCCUCGACCAGGCGGAGGGCGAUUCCGGACGUCAAGUCCCCGCCGACCAUUGAUAUGGUCCCUGACUAUUCCAUGUCACCUAUUCCCUCCCCUCGCGAUAACUUACCUCUGACUCCGUCCACACAACAGACCGAAGAGGACCCUAUCCUAGUGACCAACGACUCGUUACACGAUCAAGUCUUGCUCCAACCUUCCCAGCAUUCCAAAUCCCCACGCUCCAAACCUGUACAGAAGCCCCUUCGGAGCCUCGACCGGGCCUUCUUGGCCGACGAGGCGCAGGAGUUGGUCCUCCCUCAGGACGGUGUCACCCAGACCCGAUGCUCAGAUCUCCCAUUACGCAAUUGGGACGAGGAUCUACCGUUGAGGCCGGGUCAUUCAUCUUCAUCGGCCAAUUCCCGUAAACUGCGAGACCUUGAGAAGAGGCCAAACAGUUCCCGAGCACGCAUAGGUCUACGAGCAAGUCUGUUGGUCGACACUGACGAUGAUGACAGACCUUGGACUGCACAAGAGCACCAAACGACCUCUGCAAAAGGCGCAAAGCCUUCAGCGACUUCAUUAGUACCCCAUCGUCCGAAGAAGUCAAAAGGAUUUGGGCUUUUCGGCAAGGAAAGGCCCGCCGGUUGAUCAUUUACGCCCUUGAACACUAGCAAUCUUGCAAACGAACCUGGAUAUGCCCAGUAUAGCGACGAGGAAAUCUGCGAUACCCAACUGAUUCUGGAAGUACAUAUUUCGCGGCAACGACUCUUGGUUGGCAUAUGAAAGCGGUGAUUUAGCGAACUGAUUUGAGCGAUUGAGCAUAGUUUGAACUCGGCAUGAUAGUCCAGAUGACUUGAAUGGACUUGUACAUAUCUAUCGAAUUGCAUUGAACGCUAUGUUGAAUUGUGCCCAUUACAUCUCGUUUCACGUGAUCCUUAUGAUGCUA